GCAAGAAAGAAGAAGAGGAGCGGAUCAAGAAGGAGAAUGAAGAAGAAGAACGUAGGUUACGAGAGAAGAAGGCACGGGAAGAUUUUCAAGCUGAGAUGAAGAAUGAACUUAGUGGCAAGUUAGAUUCCGUCCGCGAACUGUUGGAAAGCAAGAAAGGAAGUAAUGAUGAUGAAGUUACGAAGAUGCGUCUGGAGAUUGAGAGUUUACGGAAAACUUUACGUGAUGGGAAUGGGGCGUCGUCUUCGGAAAAUGCCUUUGACCGAUACAAGCGUGAGCUAGAGGAAGAAAGGGCGAAGUCUGCCCGUCGUCUUGCCGCCAUGGAGGAUGAGAUUGCUAGGCUUAGAGUGGUGAACAAGGAAGCUGUUGCUGCCGCCGAUGUUUGGAAGCAUGAAGCGCUCCGACCCGACAACAAACGAGGGAGCGUUGCGGUUACUGCUAUCCCUGUCCCUGGGACGAGGACUCGUGCUCGGGUGACUCCGAUCCCGUCACCUUCUGUUGAAGACCUGAAGUUGAAAGAGAGAGUUGAGCAUCAAAAACAUGAAAUUGAGCUUUUAAGAGAGUGGCGGUUACGUGAGCUGAACGGACGGAGGCAGGCGGAGCAGGAAGUUGAUCGUUUGAAGGAGAAGAUGGCUCGACUGGAAGUUGGGAGGCGUACUCCGACCGCUUCUAAUCUUAAGACACGUUUGGACAAGGUGGCUGUUGCGACUGCAGACAAAGGGAAGAGGCCGGUGAGCCCUGCUACGCAGGCUGUUGAGGUUAACGAUCGGGAGGCUUUUCUGAGUGAGACUAGAGGUACGUUGAAACCGCUGAAGAAGGAUAAAUUCGUUGCAAUAUGUGAGAAGGAGGGGGGUUCCUAUUCCACUUUGGGAAAGACCAAGGAGGAAUUGGCACUUAAACGUGCUGAUGUAGCCUUUGGCAAAGAUCGAGACGGGACCCUUAAGAAAGUUGGGGUGCGGAUACACGAGGUCAAUGAGGAGACUGAGCAGGGCACCAACGACAGUACCGAGGUCAACGAUGACUCAACCACUUCGUGAGUUCGUUCCCGGACGUGGCGUGGCUAUUGGAAUCUUUUGCGCUUUUGUGUU